AAUUAGUCCUACUAGGUUCCACAAAGCAAUGAUAUUAUUCAUAUUGAGCACCUAGCUCUCUAGCUGUUAAACAAAGCAUUCCCUAGCCCAGCAUUAUAUAUACAGACACAUUCUUAUUGGUUCUUCAAGUCUUUCUGAUAUUGGUUGCUGUUUUAUAUAUUUUUUUCCAGUAACAAUAUGGGGAGCAAUGGAACAACAACUGAAUACCAGGACUUGUUACCAGUGAUGGCAGAGAAGCUGGAUGUGGAGGCCUUUGUGUCCGAGUUAUGUGGAGGUUUUCGGCUCCUGGCAGACCAGGAAAGGGGGCUGAUCACCUCUGAAAGCCUGAAGAAGAAUUCUGCGCUUCUCGGAAUGGAGGGGAUGAGCAAAGAGGAUGCUGAGGGCAUGGUUAGGGAAGGUGAUCUUGAUGGAGACGGGGCACUGAGUGAGACCGAGUUCUGUAUCCUCAUGGUGAGGCUGAGUCCAGGGAUGAUGGAAGAUGCAGAGACUUGGCUUGAAAAGGCUCUUGAUCAAGAGCUCAAGAAGUCCUGAUCAUGAUGAUCAACAUGAGUGUUUGAUGGUAUAUGCAGUUUUUACAGUAGCUGGAUGUAAGGUCAAUAUGUUUUUACAACUUAGUAAGGCUGUAAGCUACUGUUCAAUAAUAUUGUUAAAGUGAUUGAUUGGAGAAUUUGUCACCUCCCAG